AUGCCCAACUCGAAUGCCUCAUCCCGAAGUCCUUCCGUCGUCGCACUGUCUCGCUCAACCUCCAUGAGCGCCAUGCUGGCGAGCACCGCCAGUAUGCAGCACACUGCAGGGCCGGCCUCGCCCAGUUUCUCCGAGGACUUGUCGCGAUUCCCUUCCGAGUCCCUACACUCGUUUUCCUUUGCUCAUCAGUCCGAGGAAUUUAUACAUAAUAGGCAGACUGUAUUGAAACGUUCCAUGGACUUUAUGAAAGAUCGAAUGGGUUGGCCCAUGAGCUCGACGCAGGCUGGACUCGCGAGCGCCCACGCUCGUGUCACAGGCGAUGUCGAUACCCAAAACAUGCUGGAGCUCCUUGCGAGGGCACAGCUUAUUGGGGCUGGAAACUUGCCGAACCCGGAUCCAGCAGCAGUCACAGCUGCACCACUGACUGGACCAGCCGAUGUGACCGGUGAAAACAUUUUCGAGAAGCAAUUCAUGCCACCGCUUUCACGAACCAGCACCACGGCAUCUGAUUCUGCUUCGCCAUUCACCGCGCAGAUUCAGGCCCCGAAAUCGCCCCUCGUUCGAUUUCAAACGUCUGAUGGCGCUAGCGUAGAGAGCCUCCCCGCAGUUCCAGAGCUGGAACACGAAGCCUUGACUUCAAUUGGGGACGACGAGAGGCUGGAUGACGAAGAAUUAGACCCAAGGGCGAAGCCCACCUCCCGGCCUAUAAGUUUGAAGCGCACAAUGACUGAUACCCUUGGCAUUGCCUUGCAAGAUAAGCUCAUGGAUACCAUGGCACAGCCAUUCUUGGCAGGCCAGCCAAUGUAUGAAGAGCCAAUUACUUCGCCAACAACAACAACAGCCUACACUGGGCCGCCUACAAAGACUUUCCCAAGUGCGCUGAGUCCCACUCCCCAUGGUCAUACAAACCGAUGGGUGCCGGCCGCUCAAGCCAUUUUUACCACCGAGGCUAAACCACCAUGGACCAUCAUUGCAGCCAACGAUUUGGCCUGCCUUGUGUUUGGUGUCACAAAAGCUGAAGUGCGUAAAAUGGGCAUUUUGGAGGUGGUUCAGGAAGAACGACGGGCCUGGUUGGAACGAAAACUCUUGCGAACUGACGAAGAAUCUGAAGAUGAUGUCAAAGAAGGAACAGUGCGCGAGAGCCCGGCGUCUUCUGUAGCCUCGACGCUGCUUGGGGGCCGUUCAGGCGGGAUCACAGCACAGCUUCUGAGCAAACCAAAUUCACGCUCACAGCCAUCCAAAUACGUACAAAGACGAGCGCAGACUGUGCACAGUGGUGACCCUAAUCCACCGACGACUAGAGGCACUGGACAGCAUCGCAGCAAUCUCUCAAGAGGCGUCCUCCUGUGCGGCGAUGUUGUUCCAAUACAGAAAAGGAACGGGGCGACCGGCUCUGCAAGCUUAUGGGUGAAGGAAAAACGAAUUGGUUUGAUAUGGGUUUUGGAGGAGAUUCAUGAGGAUGUUUCAUACGUGACAAUAGAUGAGGAAGGCUCCGUAAAGAGCAUUUCGGGAGCAUCCGACACCAUAUGGGGAUCUCAGGCUACGGGGUCUGACUUUGACGUGGCAAGACUAAUACCGCGAAUUCCUCGGCAAGGCAUUGAUCCCACUAUUGGUGAGAUUGACUUUGCCCAAAUUGCAAGGAGGAAGUACUUCACCUGCCCCAACGCCCAUCAAAUUAACAUUCCCUGCAGUGUAGAGCAAGUACGCGGCAAACUUGAGCUGCGUGUGUCAACCUUCCCUCACAUGGCCGGUAUUAUUGUUGUUGACCCUGUUUCACUCAAAAUCCGGAGCUCCAAUUCUGUCUUUUGUGCUGCCCUAUUUGGCUAUGAGAAACCUGAUGGACUGCCCAUUGACUCUCUUAUUCCUGAUUUUGAUAAGAUACUCGACAUAUUAACACAGGAGGACGGUCUGCAGAUGCUGGACGGAAUGGUCGUCCCUGAGGCAAGGUUUCGAAGGGCCUCGGCUUUUCUGGCUCUCAAGGAGCACCGUCCUGAUGCCGCAGCACGAUUCCUUCAGCCGGAUGGCCUGCCUGCGAGACAUCGCGAUGGGUCUGACUUGAAAAUUGACGUUCAGAUGCGUGUUGUGGAGAGUGAAAAGCAGACAAAUAUCGCCGAAGAGACUGUCCAUGAAGAAAGCGAUGAGGAUGAGGCAAACAGUGGCGAUGAGUCUUUCCCGGUCUCUCACAAAGAGAUGGUAUUUGCCUUGUGGAUCACGUAUUCACGGCACCUACAUGCCCAUGCUCGCCUGAGUGUUGACUCGCCUGCAACGUCGGGAACUACCACACCCCUCCACCAACCAUCCCCAGGACAAACACCUCCCGUACACACUCCCAUGGAAAUCGCUUCAGAUGACGACUCUCCACCGAAGAAGGAAGAACGAGUGGCGACGACGCUAUCGAGGCAACUCAGGGACGUGGCUCUGAACGCAGCAGCGAAGCUUACGAGACAGCCGAAACCAACAGAAGUUAGCACCAGCGGAAGCUCGUCUCCGGCCAGGGCCGCCGAGCCUGCUCGAAAAACGACCAUUCGUGACUAUUCCAUUCUCGAGGACAUGGGCCAAGGUGCCUACGGGCAGGUUAAGUUGGCUCGUCAUAAAACAUCAGGCAAGAAAGUCGUGUUGAAGUAUGUCACAAAACGGCGUAUCCUGGUUGAUACAUGGACAAGAGACCGAAAAUUGGGAACUGUCCCCUUGGAAAUCCAUGUGCUGGAUUACCUUCGGAAACCUGAAUUCAGGCACCCCAACAUUGUAGAAAUGGAGGGAUUCUUCGAAGACGAUAUCAACUACUAUAUUGAAAUGGCUCCUCAUGGACUUCCUGGCAUGGACUUGUUCGAUUACAUUGAACUUCGUGCGAACAUGCAAGAGCCAGAAUGUCGAAGCAUAUUUGUUCAGGUGGCUAAGGCAGUUCACUUUCUGCACGCAAAGGCGUUAGUUGUACAUCGCGAUAUCAAAGACGAGAAUGUUAUUCUGGAUGGAGAGGGCAACAUUAAGCUGAUUGACUUCGGAAGCGCGGCAUACAUCAAGAGCGGGCCCUUCGACGUCUUCGUGGGUACUAUUGAUUAUGCCGCUCCAGAGGUAUUGGCAGGCAAACCUUACGGUGGCAAAGAGCAAGACGUCUGGGCAUUGGGCAUUCUCCUGUACACGAUUGUAUACAAGGAGAACCCGUUCUACAGCAUCGAUGAGAUCAUGGACAGAGAUUUGAGAGUUCCAUUCACUAUGAGCGAGGAGAGUAUCGAUCUUGUUCGCCGCAUGCUCAACCGCGAUGUCGAAGAGCGCUACGGCAUUCUCCAGGUGAUAAACCACCCGUGGUGUAAGGCUAUUGAUUGA